AAUUAAACUCGGUGCGCCUGGUCUUUCCAUCUAUUAUCGACCGCGGUAUCCCUCGCGCGUCUCUUCAUUUCGCUCAUUACUCUCUAUUUUUCUUCUGCUAUAUCCGACGCGAGAUUCCACCAUGACGGACAAGCUCCCCCCGAAUCUGCUCGCACUCUUCGCCGCGCGACCCCCCCUGCGAUGGGUCGAGCCACCCGACCAUGCGCCCCAGAAUCGCAAGACGGCGCCCAUCAGCGGCGUCGCGCAAUUCCUUCCCGAGCUGCAGAAGUACAAGGAGACCGACGUCUAUAAUCCGACCGAGAGUUGGCUUCAGGCACGCGAUCGCAAGAAGCAGGAGAAGAAGCAAGACCUGGAGGAGCUGGUGACGCAGGCGCCUAAGCUUUAUAAGCCAAACGAGGAUCCGAACGUCCGAGGCGAUGCCUUCAAGACUUUGAUUGUCGCACGUCUGAGCUACGAUGCUGAUGAGAGAGACCUGGAGAAGGAAUUUGGGCGCUUCGGUCCCAUCGAGCGCAUUCGCAUCAUUGUCGAUACACACGCGCACGAGAAGCCGAACAAGAAGAAGAAGCCCCAUCGAGGAUACGCCUUUGUCGUUUUUGAGAGAGAGAAAGAUAUGAGAGAACGUGGCCCUCAAGCCUGCCCUUUCUUUAAAGUAUACGGCGAGACACAAGGGCCCUCAAGCUUGCCCGUCUCUGCUAUUCCUUUUCUUUUGUCAACCCAUUCAGCACGCAAGGUACUAUUUAUGGAUAGACGUAUCAAGGUAGACGUCGAACGAGGCAGAACCGUUAAAGGAUGGCGACCUCGACGACUUGGUGGUGGUCUCGGCGGCCGAGGCUACACUAGGUCGAUGCCUUCCCGUCCAAUGGGUCCUGGCGGUUUUGGCGGUGGUUUCCGUGGUGGUUACAAGGGCUUCGACGGUGGACGUGGACGGGGCGGCUUCCGAGGAGGGUUUGGCGGCCGAGGUGGCUUCCGGAGCGGUGGUGGCGACUACAGCCGUGGCGAUAGAAACGGAUACGGCGCACCGAGCGACGCGCCCUCUGGACCUGGCUUCGACCGACGAAAUGGUGGUUAUAGCGACCGAGGUGAUCGCGGCGACCGCGGUGGUGACCGCAGAGGCGAUCGAGGCCCUGGUGGGUAUGAGUCGCGAGGCGGCGGCCGCUCAUAUGACGACAGACACGGUGGUGGUGGCGGCGGUUACCGCGACGGCGGCGGCAGCGGCAGAUUCGGAGACCGCGAUAACCGACGAACCGGAAGCAACAUGGAGCCCAUCGGUCGAAGAGAAGGUGGAAGAGAGGGUGGAAGAGAAGGUGGGUAUCGCGAACGGGACCGCGACUACGACAGGCCCCGCGACGAUGACGGUGGCCGGAAACGUGGUUAUGACGGUGGUUACGAGGAUCCAAGGAAGUUGCGCCGAUACUAA